AUGACGGAGGCUACUACUGGCAAACGGAAACACUCGGACGAACCACCUGAACUGGAAUUAUCCAGUAACAAGAAGCAAGCUGUCGAGCAACCUGACAUCCUGACUCAGUUAGCUGCCAUCUUGGACCAGAUCAAUGACUGCUCCACCGAAAUCCCUGCUUUAUACCUGGGCACUCUCAAAUCGCUCAUGCAACAGAUUGAAGAAAAUUGCGCUGAUGAAUCCAAUACCAAAGCGCGUGAGAUCAUGGACGAAAGCGAACGCUGCUUGGAAAAGUGGUUUGAAAAUUUAGUCGACCGCUAUGGAGCUGAUGAAGAAUUCAUCUUGGAAAGUGAUGGUACAUCUGAUGAAGAUCAACUCGCUAUUGCCCUAGCCUUGGCAGAUGAGGACGAAGAAGAUGAAGAAAUUGAUAUCGAUAGUAUUCAUAACUCCCCUACUGAUAAUAGCCCCAAGCAACCUGUAAUGGCCUGA